AUGGACCAAAUAAAAAAGUCAUGCAAACUAGGUGAACAACUCGACAAAGAAUAUACAGAACACAUAUGUGCACAACAUAGUGGUCAAGUAAUCGGUUUUUUAAAUGAAAUUAAUACCAAUAAAGAACACGUUCUAAAAAUCGUUGAACGUCCCAGAACUCAAAAUGUUCGUACCAAAAGAGGUCUUAUUAACAUAGUUGGACGGGUUGCAAAUGUAUUAUUUGGUGUCUGCGACGACGUAGAUGCAGAAUAUUUUCAUAAAAAAAUUAAAGAAUUAGAACACUCCAGAGCACGCAUAUCUCAAAUAGCAGACACACAAACACAAAUUACAAAAUCGAUAGUUACCAAUGUCAACUCCUCCCUAGUAGAAUUAGAAAGUAAAUAA